CUAGUGAAGUUUAAAUUGGAAUCCUUUCCAACCAACCCACAAUCUCUUAUCCAUACCAAAAUCUGUGAAGAAGAACUAGCUAUGACGCAUAAUCACUGAAGUUCACUCCAACCACGGCUUUCCAAUCAUAAAACCCAUCUCAGUGACCACAGGAAUUGGUUGCGACUUGCGAGCAAACUGACCCGUCGUCUUCUAUGCUUUAUCCCAGUUGUUUCCAUCUCUACUUCCCCUUCUGACGAUUUGCCCGCGUUUCGAUCCAACCUUUUCAAGCAGGGUUUCCGUUAGUCUAUGGAUUUGGGCUGUUCCUUCUCUGCAACAACCUCUCUAUAGGAACUGGGAUUUCAAAAAAUAAAAGAAAAGGGAUUUCACCUGCAACUCUUUCUGGUAUCAGUCUUGUGGGCAAGAUUAUAUAUUUUAGUGGGUAAUGCUUAAGAACACAGCUUUUCGAUUGGACAUGAACUGGCAAUGGUUGACAAGAGAACAAGAGUUGCAGGGGCAGUUGAGGAAUGUCAGGGAGAGGUUGGCCUUUUCAUGUUACAACUUUUUCCAUGGGGAGUUUGAGUCUCUCUUUCCUCCUUCCCUCUGCUUAAUUAUUUUUAUAUUUUCUCCUUUGUCUUUUAUGUUGAGAAACCUUGCUUGAACUCUCAUUGACUACAAUAGAAUAUGAAUAUAGACCUGCUAAUCUACCUAAUCUAUGGAAAUGACCUUGUGGGCUUCUUCCUGUCUUUCAUCUACCCCUCUUCCCUCCAAAACUCUCUCUCUCUCUCUCUCUCUCUCUCUCUGCUGAGUUGAAGAUGAACUAAGGAAUCAAUCUUUUCAAUUGGGUAUUACAGCAACCCAUUUACUGGGUUGUGAAAGAUUCUGAUACUCUGAUUUAAAGUGGCUUGUAUAUCUUUUGUAACUCAUAAGGAUGCAAGUGUGCUGUGAUCUUGAAGUGGAUGUCAAUGGGCAAGAGAUUUUCAUGGUGGAUAAGAGAAUUCUUUCAUCAUUUUCAGGUAGAUUAAAAAAAUUAUUUGGUAAAUCCACUGCAGCAAGGAAGAACCUCAAAGUGAUAUUCCAUGACUUGCCAGGAGGGGCAGACGGUUUUGAACUCAUGGCAAGGUUCUGCUACAACAAUGGUCAAACUGAGAUAACCCCCUCUAACAUAUCUCUUCUACAUUGUGGGGCACAUUUCAUGGAAAUGACCAAAGGAAUCUCUGCAACUGACAAUUUGAUUGAACAAACUGAAGAAUUCCUAGAAGGGAUCAGUUACUGGGCCUGGUCUGAACUUCUGGUAGCUUUGAAACAGUGUCAGGAUUUUGUACCAGCAGCUAUUUCUUCUGGAAUGCUUCAGAAAUGCUUGGAUUCACUCAUAGCAAGGGUGGCUGCUUUGGCAAUCGAUGCCAGUCCAUCUACUUCUUCUCCUGCUAGCUCUGGUUUCCGGUUUUCUUGCGAUACGAGAAGCACUGAAAGUUAUAAGAACAGCUACUCUCGGGCAACUUGGUGGUUCGAUGAUCUUGCAUGCUUGAACCACAUUUUGAUUGAAAAGGCUCUGAGGGCCAUGGUUGCCAAGAAAUUCGAUCAUGUUAUUCUCAGUAGGUUCCUCUUCUAUUACCAAAAGUCAAAAUAUUGCAAUGCCACAUCCACUGAGAAAUGCAAAAUCACAGAGAUUGUGGUUGAGCUGCUGUCCUUGCUAGACCAUGGCUCUGUUUCUUGCAAGAGCUUAUUUGAGAUUCUUCGGGUGGCUUUGAGAUCGAAUGUGAACAAAUGUUGCCGGAACAGAUUAGAGAAUAUGAUUGGUUCACAAUUGCAUCAAGCUACUGUUGAUAGCCUUCUUAUCCCAUCACCACCUGGUUCAAAUUAUCUUUAUGAUGUGAAUCUGGUAGUGAGAUUCUUGAAAUCAUUUCUAAGCAACGGAGAUUGCUUGGCAUCAUCAACUCAAUUGAAAAAAGUUGCAAGCUUGAUGGAUUUAUAUAUUGCAGAAGUGGCCCCUGAUUCCUGUGUGAAACCUUCAAAAUUCAUUGCAUUAAUGACAGCCCUGCCUGAUUCUUCAAGAGACUCCUAUGAUGGAAUCUACAAAGCCAUGGAUAUAUAUCUAGAGGCUCAUCCUAAAUUAUCCGAGGAAGAAAAGAUGAAGAUCUGUUGUGCACUGAAUUAUGAGAAGCUCUCAUUGGAAGCUUUCAAUCACCUUACUAGAAUCUCAAAAUUCCCAUCAAGAACCGCAGUCCAAGCUCUCAUAUCUCAACAUCCAAAGCUCAAAAGCUUUCUCGGAGACACUAACCAUCUCGAAUGUAUUGUUGACUCACCUUGUAGUUUCAUUGAGAAGGGAAUUACAGGGAGGGAAGCUCAGGAUGAUGAGCAAGUUGUGCUUUAUGCGAGGAAGCUCGAUAUUUCAAUGGAGAAUGAGAAACUCAGAGUACAUUUACAAGGAAUGCAAUGGAGGGUAAUGGAGUUGGAGAAGGUUUGUAAGAAAAUGCAGACCCAGAUGGAAAAAUUGACGAAGUCAAGAUUAUCAAGCCCAAGUAGUACCAAAUCCAAAUCCUUACCCAGGAUGUGUUCAUGAUAUUUUUUCUUUUUUUUGUGUUUUUUAUUUUUAUUUUUGUUUUUUUCCAUUUAUUUCUUAUUUCCAAAUUACUAUCUGUACAGUAUAAAAAAGUUCUUUUUUUAAGGGAGGGGGUGUUUCACUUUUACAAAAGCAAAGAUGAUUAAGAGCAGCUUCUUUAACAGGAACUGAGAUUGAUGGCUGCACAGAUGAAGAGAGCUUAGGUGGUUUUGUUUCUUUUCAUAUACAUUGGUUCUGUUUACAGUU